AUGCCUUUCCUCGACCUUGACCGAGUGGACGAACGUAACAUUAACAGCAUGCUGGACCACGAGAUGUCCACAUCGACGGACAUGAGCGACGACGACGGGAGCAGCAGCACCGGUUCUUCGGACGAUCCUGCCCCGGAAUACGAAGAGAGCAUCUCCGACUUCAGCUCCCCGUCCCCCACUGUGCGCGGGACGUCUCCCACUCCCCUCCACAAGUCGGCGCAUUUUCCGGGCAAGUUCCCCAAGUCGGCACGGAAAACGGCACGGGCGGCGCACGAGUCGCUGCGGAAGUACAAGUCCCACCCAAAGAGUGAAAUGUUCGAUGAUCGAGUUCGCGCUUGGGAAGAGAGCGACUGGAGCGAUGACUCUCCCGUGCACUCCCGACGUGCGUCAUUCACCAAGGAGCUACCUGUUGUGCAUCGACACCGCAAGCUCAGGCCUCACACCAGGGAGUCCUUCAGGUUCCACUCGGAAUGCAUAAAAGGUACGACACGAACGCUCGUGGAGUACGAGCACAGCGAACCUGGUACAAUGGGCCCCUUCGCAACCAAGUUGUUCGAGCUUGAGGCUGCUGCAACAACGGUUUCAUGGCUCUGGGGAGGAGCAGGCGGCCGAGUCGGCCGAGCAGGGGGCCCGCUGACGAGGUUCGCCGAACUCUCUGCCGCGAAGAAGGUCUUCUGGAAUCGGGAGAGAAUAGCUGCUUUCUUUGCGGGCGGCGCGGCCGUGUGGUUGGCACUGGGUUCUUGUGCUAUUUCAGGGUGUUAA